AUGCGCGUGCAGCCCGGCGAUCUGGUUGCGGUGCACUACGACGUCCUCGAUGACGACGGCAGCGUGAUCGAGUCUUCUCGCGAGAAGGACCAGCCCGUGGAGUUCGAGUCCGGAGUCGGAAACGUCGUGGGCAACCCAAUCUUCCAAGGCUUCGACGACGCGGUGCAGGGGCUCGGGAUCGGGGAGAGGACGUCGCUGGAGGCGGAGGGGCCUGAGUGGACCAAGGACCUGAUGUUUGUGGUGCCGCGGGAACACCCCGAGAUCCAGCGGCUCGAGGGACGGUACAAGAGCACGGGCGGGCCGCAGGAGGGCAAGAUCGUGGAGCUGUCGAACGGCGGGAUCGCUCUUAUCGCCAAGAUCGACGAGAAGCAAGUGGUCCUGGACGCCAACCACAUGCUGGCGGGGAAGAAGAUCAAGUUCGAGCUCGAGGUGCUGGACAUCCUCCGAGGGAACGUCCCGGGCGGGGGCAUGGUGGUGUGA